UCCUCAAUUUUUUGAUACAAGUUCUAUUUAUUUUGCUUUAGCUCCACCUAGCUUAUUUUUCCCUUGCUCUCGGCAAACAAAUUCCAAAGUUAAAAUAACAUGGCUAAUUCAUUGCAUUUCUUGCUUAUUCUCGUGUUAAUUGCAUUUUCAACCAACAAAAAAGCUACUUCAUCAAUAGCAAACGACCAAGUUCCAUGUACAAUGUGUGCUGAGUGCGACAAUCCAUGCCAACUUGUAUCAUCUCCACCUCCACCUCCACAAGUGAUAGAGUGUCCCCCACCACCGUUGCCACCUCCACCAUCGCCUCCACUGCCACCCGCGAUCAUCGAAUGUCCUCCACCACCGCCUCCAAAGUCACCAUGUUCAAAUAAUUGUGAAUUUUCACCCGGGCCUCCAUACCCACCACAAUCCUAUUAUCCACCGGGAACACCAAUUCCGUACUAUGUACCGCCAAAUUAUUAUUAUGACAAUAAUAAUAAUAAUAAUAAUAGCGGUGCAACGAUGAUGCCGUUUCAAGCAAUAUUACUUUUUCUUUAUUUUCGUAUUGUUUACUUUUGGUGAAUAAGUAUUUUUUUUUUGGAAAUUCUGAUUGGUCCUUAAUUUGUGAUUCUAGUUAAACUAUAAUUAUCUAAUUAUAGUUCAGUAGUUACAAGAGCAUUAUACUUAGAAGUUUGAGUUCAGAUUUAAUAUUCUUGAUUUCUCAUAUUUAAAGUAUUUGAAGGAAUUCGAAUUCGAUCCUAA